UCUCUGCAAUUUCUUCAUCCCCUUCCCCAUUCGAGACUCCAGGCCGCGCUCGCCACCCGUUCGCGCAAGGCGACUGGUCCGAGGCUAGGGUUUCGCGUCCAGCCGCCGCCGCCUGCGGUCAGCGCCGUGGAGUGCCCGACCCUCCUUCUCCCACGUCGUGCUUGCCUUCCUCCACGUCGCAGCCCCCGAAGCCCCGGCGUCGAACCAUCCUUCCUCGUCGGCGAGCCCUCGUUCCCGAGCUGCCCCAGGCCGUUGAGAUACCCAACGCCGCCGAGGAACUGCAACAGACCUCCCCCACGCCGGCAUCAUCUCUGAAGCCUCCACACCGCCGAGGAACCCGACGAGCAGAUCUCCCCCAAGCCGCCCAAGCCGCCAAGAUCCCCCAAGCCACGGUCAAGGUUUGAAACUGCUUUAGAAAUAUACAAUAUGGCUGUGGUUGAUGCAACAACAAAGGAGAUGGAGGCAUUACAUGUUGGACAAAAGCAAGAAACGGAAGAGAAUCUGAGUAAAGAAGGAAAAGUUGCAAAUAGCAAUGGUGCAGUUCCUGCAGUUCAGUCCUCACCACCAGAGGAUGAUGACGAAGCCCAAGCUGAUGGCCCAUCUCAAGAUGGAGCACCAGAAGCUGGAAAGAAGAAAAGGAAGAAAAGCAAAGCCAAAAAGAAGAAGGACCCUCUCCAGCAGACAGAACCUCCAUCAAUACCUGUUGAUGAGCUUUUCCCUUCAGGAGACUUUCCUGAGGGUGAAAUCCAGCAAUAUAAGGAUGACAAUUUAUGGAGAACAACUAGUGAGGAAAAGAGGGAACUGGAACGACUGCAAAAGCCGAUGUACAACUCUGUUCGCCGAGCAGCAGAAGUUCAUAGACAGGUGCGGAAAUAUAUGAGGAGCAUUAUAAAGCCAGGAAUGUUAAUGAUUGAUCUAUGUGAAACAUUGGAAAACAUGGUCCGGAAACUUAUCAAGGAGAAUGGACUGCAAGCUGGUAUUGCCUUUCCAACAGGGUGCUCCUUGAAUUGGGUUGCAGCUCACUGGACUCCAAACGCUGGUGACAAAACUGUAUUACAGUACGAUGAUGUGAUGAAGCUGGAUUUUGGAACACAUAUAGAUGGGUACAUAGUUGAUUGUGCAUUUACUGUUGCAUUCAAUCCCAUGUUUGAUCCAUUGCUUCAAGCAACAAAAGAUGCGACAAAUACUGGAAUCAAGGAAGCUGGAAUAGAUGCACGGCUUUGCGAUGUUGGUGCUGCAAUCCAGGAAGUCAUGGAGUCCUAUGAGGUUGAAAUCAAUGGGAAAGUUUUCCAAGUAAAAAGUGUUCGGAACCUCAAUGGACAUAGCAUUGGGCCAUAUCAAAUCCAUGCUGGGAAAUCAGUUCCGAUUGUUAAAGGUGGAGAACAAACAAAAAUGGAGGAAGGGGAAUUUUAUGCCAUUGAAACUUUUGGAUCUACCGGAAGGGGAUUUGUCCGGGAGGAUUUAGAAUGCAGUCAUUAUAUGAAGAACUUUGAUGUUGGACAUGUGCCUUUGAGGGUAGCAAAAGCCAAGCAACUACUUGGGACUAUCAACAACAACUUUGGAACACUCGCUUUUUGUCGCCGGUACUUGGACCGCCUUGGUGAGACCAAGUAUCUCAUGGCUCUGAAAAAUCUCUGUGAUGUUGGUAUUAUUCAGGUAUGUGAAAAGCUCCAUCUCCACUCCAGUCCGAAUCUUGUUAUCGCCAUGGUUAUUCACAGUUUCUUGCUCUGUUUGCAGCCGUACCCGCCAUUGUGUGACGUGAGGGGAAGCUAUGUCUCACAGUUUGAGCACACAAUCUUACUCCGGCCAACCUGCAAAGAGGUCAUAUCCAGAGGCGACGACUACUGAUUGCAGCGCAGCUCCUUUUGUACCGGUUGUUUGCGAUGAGUGCACACCGUUUUUGCGCAACCUGUGUACUACCUGUUUGUGGAUCAUAGGACAUAUCAGAGUCAGAUAAAUAAUUUGGCACUCUCUCAAAUUUGAGUCCGGAAUGUGUGGAAACGUGUUUUUCGAUGAGCUGAAGUUGCUGCCCCCUUGUACUACUAUGUUGGAUAACCUCCGUAAAGAUUGUCAUGAGAAGUAAUACCUUGUCCUGGAAACAUGGAUUUUACUGCA